AUGCUACCCAUACGGACUGCCCUGCUGCUCACACCCUUCCUGGGUGCCACCUUCGCAUCUGUAAUCCCCGAAGCAAGAGACCUCCAAGCUCGCGCCGGCACCGUCAAUGGGAGUUGUAUUUCUGCUCCCGACGCCGCAUGCGUCUCCCUCGUUGGGCUGUGUGUGGCCAAGAUCGCAGCAGGACAGAUCGGUUCUACUGCGUAUUGGACAGAUAGCGUUUGCGUCGCUGCUGCGACUUGCGCAAGUAUGGGAUCCGUCCUGGAUGCUGCGUGCUGCGCUGGGACGUGCAGGACACCCACUCAGAUCGGUAGCCUGGAUGUCAACAAUGUAUAUCGUUCAAUGGUCGGAACAUCGUGCACGUCGCAGACAGCAUCGAGUUGCACACUUACAUGGCAACCUUUCAUUGAUUGGUUCUACGGCACUAUCCAGACGACUGGAACCAAUUUAUGGCCCGAGUCCGGUGACGACGUCCUCGACAGAUGGCAAGACAUUGCAAACUGGACGGGUUUCUGCGUGGGCGAUAGCUGCGUAGAUGGCGCGAUCCCGUACAGCAACUUCAACGACUGGUUCCACUUUUCCACGGCUAUCAUCGCGACCACUCCGGGCACGCCGAAAUACGUGAACGUGUUCCCCACAUUGGAGGAGAACAUCGACAACUUCACGCCAAACAUCUUCUGGCCGUGCCAGUUGGAUGAGCAGGCCGACUGCUGGUGGGACUAUGGUCCGCUACCCCCAGGCACUUUCCAGUCGGGCACAGCAGCUCUGCAAGCGCAAGUACGGCCGACGCCCUUGGUUAUGGCUAUGCAGGCCAAGUUCACAGCUUCGGUGACGGGCAACAGCUCUUCUCCCUUUGGUCGCGCCGCAUUCCAGCCGCUCAACGUGCCUCCUCCGGUCUACGUGAACGGAGAGCUGUUCCCCCUCGUUCUCAACGGCGCACCGGUGCAAUGGAACGUCACUACGAACCCUGCAGAAGGGGAUGACUCUCCCGACGUCGGCGCCCCGUCUACGAACCCCCCCGCUCCGCAGACCACUCCUACCGCCUCCGGGAAUCUAUCCGAGCUUGCAGUCGUUCCCGGCGCUUGCAAGGGUCCCAUCGACAUUCCUACGACUUUGCCUACGUUGACGUACUUCUGUCCAUUCUUCCCUGGCAUCUGCCAGAACAUCCGGUCUCAUCCGGAUUGGAACUCGGCUACCAACACGAUGGAGCUCACGUACGAUCCAUUCGAUGGUGGCAAACGGCGUGGGACAGUGUGCGAUAAGGAUGUGAGAGCUGCAUUCCAAGCCAGUGGUAUAUGCGACCCGCGCCAGCACGACCCGAACUAUUGGAAGAUCUCGUGCGACGAGUUUCCUUUCAGCUCUUCUCUUGAGGGCGGAUCGGGUAACGUCGUUCUUUUAGCGGUCGCCAAUGCCGAGCAGGACCUCCAGGGGACGCUCCAAUCGUCCAUCACGUAUCUGCGCAGGAGACGGAAUGACGGAAGGACCUCGUGGGGCAAGGCGAGCCAGUGCCACCGGUACCAGAUCAAGCUCGCCGAUACUGUGCCAGCUGGCGCGCCCGCCAAGGCGAUCGGCAGCCUGGACGCAGGCUCUCAGUUCUUCGCCACUAAGGGGGUGACGUUCAAAUACGUGACGAACUCGAACGCUGCAAAGCCCCGUCCGCCCACAUUCUCCAUCGACACCAGCUACAACCCGACACAAACUGCGUUGGUCUUGCCGAAGACCCAGGGUAAGACGAAGGUCAACUGUCUCGUCUGCGUGAAGCCCAGUCCAUCCCCAAGCCUGGAGGCUUUGCGGGUGGAAGAAGGGUCCUCUGCUCUUCCGGAUGAACCUGUUCCAUCCCCCGACACUCCUAUCACUGCCGCUCAGGAGCUUGUAAAACGCCAGGCGUCGUCGUGCUCGGUCUCAGCGGGCGCGCCUCUCCCUACUACCACCGCAGGAGCUUCAGCUAUCGCUGCGGCUAGCGCAUCCACAGCGUCGGCUGCUGCCGCCGCCGCUAUUGCCGCUCUCGCUUCUGCCUCAAACCCGUCUACAGCACAGGCCGCUGCCGCUGCCGCCGCGGUCUCUGCAGCCAAUGUUCUCGGCCCCGCAGCCGCCGCGAUGGCCGCGGCUUCGAGUGAUGCCUCUCUCGCCGCCGCCGUUGCGGCCUCCCAGGCAGCGAUCACAGCCGCUCAGAGCGCCUUGAACUGGAUAUUCUUUCUCGGCCCAGAUCUCCCAGAUUGGCUCACGAAUAUCGUGAAGCAGGUGUCGUCCUCGACGUCUGCUGUGUCUGACGCCGUCGACUCCUCGUCGAACGUCGUCAACCCAGCCACGCCAGUACCCCCGGACGUGGACCCAAGCAGGGAUCCGGUCGUCAACUCGGGUCCGCCCGCAGGCACCCCGGCAGCGGCAUGCUUCGGGGCAGGCUCGAAGGGUCACCUGAAGAUCGGCGACGCCUACUUCGUCAACGAGAACGGCAUCGACCCCGCGACACUCGUGGACGUCGGCUCCGACGCGUUCUUCGGGCUCACGCUUCCCAUCAGCUACGCCAUCCUCCCUGUCGAUGGAUGCAGCGGCGUGGUACGGUGGGUUGGCGGCGUCGCCCUGCAGGCCGACUUCCAGGUGGACUGUUCGACGAUGGAGUUCGGGAGCUACUGGAACGGCAAGAAGCAGACGUGCUACGCGUACAGCGAACCGGAUAUCCCCGGACCCUUCAUCGUUGUGUGUGGCGACAACAUCGGCAACAUCUACAGCUGCCUGCAAGCGGCCAAUGCAUUCGGCACACUGAGUUCUGCCUUCAUCUCUUGGGUGACAUCCUAG